AUGCACCUACCAUGUUCAGACUUCACGAAGCAGUACAACCGCGCUCGGCAGAUGGCCACGGCUUUGCAAAAUCCUACAAAUGAUGCUCAAACAGCGAUGCCAGCAGUCAAUCGAGCACGUCUACGUGCAUCCAAGGUUGCACAUGAACGUGCCGCAGCAUCUUCGACUAUUGGUGCCGGGCUAUUGAGCCACGAUCAUUCUGCGCCAUCGGAUGAUGCAGCUAUGCAUUCUAGUAAGACAGCAGCACAAAUUGCUGCUCUGUCGAAAUACACAGCGCGCAUCCAUAUUGACGAUGCAUAUGAUCCAUCGCGUGUUGCUGGUGGCAGCGUCGAUGCGCGUGUCCCGCGCAAAACGAACAAACUAGAGGUGAAUCGACGAAAAGACAAGGCCGAUCGAGCGACGCUCCAACAAGUGCUCGAUCCGCGUACACUUCUUAUCUUGUCUAAAAUGAUCCGUCGCGAGCUCAUUUCCGAGGUAAAUGGGUGCAUCAGCACAGGCAAAGAAGCCAAUGUAUACUAUGCGGUACGUCCACCACUGGAACCAGGGCAGCCGCCAAGAAGUGUGGCGAUCAAAAUAUACAAAACUAGUAUUCUUGUGUUUAAGGACCGCGAUCGAUAUGUGUCGGGUGAAUUCCGCUUCCGCCAUGGUUAUGCCAGACAUAAUCCGCGAAAAAUGGUGCGGCUCUGGGCAGAAAAGGAGAUGCGAAACCUCAAACGCCUUGUGAAUGCAGGACUUCGGGCACCCGCACCUGUUGAACUCCGGGACCACGUUCUGGUAAUGGAGUUUCUCGGGGAUGACGACGGUUGGUCUAGUCCGCGGCUGAAGGAUGCCGAGGCCCUUAUUGCACCCGAAGACUGGACGCGUUUGUAUCGCGAGCUCGUUGCCACCAUGCGCCUUAUGUACCACCAAUGCCGCCUCGUGCAUGCCGAUCUGAGUGAAUAUAAUAUCUUGCUGCAUGAUAACCAUCUAUGGCUUAUAGAUGUGUCACAAUCAGUGGAGCAUGAUCACUUGCAUGCUUUUGACUUUCUGCGCGAGGAUAUUGCGCAUAUCGAUGCAUACUUCAGCAAGCAUGGCGUCGAAACCCUUGGCAUGCGACAGACGUUCCACUUCAUCGUGAAGGAAAGUACACGUUCACGCGGCGGAGGCGUCGCUGGACUCGAGAAACUCACUCAAAGCAAUGAAAAUGAUGAGCAGAUUCAAAGCACUGUACUUGCCCCCUCCACAACGCAGAGACCGGCAUCAUGGCAUGACAAUGAGACGGAAGAGUCCCUGAUAGAGGAACUUGCACACUUCACCAAAGAGUCGGCGCAAACGGCGGCUGCGGCCGUAUCAUCUAAGACUGGUCCUUCGCUGGUCAGCUCACUCGUAGACCAAAUGGACGAUGCCCAAAAAGAGGAGACUGAGGAGUCAGUCUUUCGCCAAAGUUAUCUGCCACGCAAUUUGGAUGAAAUCGCUGAUCCUGAGCGCGAUGCAGACAUUGUGCGAUCUGGUCAAGUGCACAGCCUAAUUUACUCGGGAGUGACGGGCCUGGACGAUGUCUAUCAAAAGAGCGAACAGAAAGAACACCAGAUUGAUAAAGUCGAUUAUUAUGAUGAGAGCGACAUCGAGGCUGAGGAUGCCGAAUCUGGUGUCAAUAAGAGCGAGUCAGAGCAAGAAGUGGGACCCGAUGAACAACGUUCCAAAGAGCGUGAGGAGCGCAAAGUAAGUUUUUGUUUGCUUUCAAUUGGUGCUAACGAUCCAGAAUCACAGAAAACAAGUCAAAGAAGAAAAUCGAGAGCGUCGCAAAACCAAGAUGCCCAAGGCCGAGAAAAAGCGACGAAUGAAAAAGACAUCCGCUCGAAAAUAAGUAGUCUACUGCGACUAGCAACUAAGGAGACAUGA